AUGGCGGUUUCAUCCAUUUCGAGAUCCCCAAUUCCCUUCGCUGAUCCUUCAUGGCACUCCCGGCCAGACCAUCCAUACUUUCGAGACAGUCAUCGCCGACUGCAGCCGUUUAUUCGUGAAUAUAUUGACAGUGAAGUCGCACCGAACGUGGAAGAGUGGGAGAAACAAGGUUUUAUUCCUGAAAAGGCAUUCAAGCGGCACGCUUCUCUUGGUUUCCUGGCCGCGUCGGUGUUUCCCAUUCCGAAGGAACUUGCUAGAGGCAUAACAUUGCCCGCCGGCAUUGGACUAGAUGAGUGGGAUGAGUUCCACGAUGCCAUCCUCGUCGAUGAAAUGGCGAGGUGUGGCUGUCUCGGGACUGUCUGGGGCAUCAACGGCGGCGCCACAGUAGGUGGUCCUCCUCUUGAUCGCUACGGAACCGAAGAGCAGAAAGAAAGGUUCUUGGCUCCUCUACUGCGAGGACACCAGCGUCAUGCACUUUGUGUGACAGAGCCCCAGGCUGGCUCCGAUGUUGGUGGAAUCACCACAACAGCGACCAAAUCAAGAGACGGUAAAUCCUGGGUGCUCAACGGAGAGAAGAAAUGGGUCACGCAAGGCCUGUGGGCAACUCAUGGUCUAGUAGCUGCGAGAUCUGGAUCUGCUGGCCCGAAGGGUCUAUCGGUAUUCAUUGUUCCUUUGAGUCUCCCAGGUAUCUCCCGGAGGAAGCUCUUGAAUUCUGGUGUUGGUUCGAGCGGCUCGGCAUAUGUCGAAUUCGACGACGUUCUCGUACCCGCGGAGAGUUUGCUGGGCAAGGAAGGGCAAGGUUUUGAAAUAAUCAUGUCAACUUUCACCCACGAACGCUUAUGGGUGGGAAUAACGGCUAUUCGACUGGGCCGUGUCGCCUACGAAGAUGCCUACAGCCAUGCACUUAGGCGCGAGACAUUUGGCCGUCCCCUGUUUGAAAACCAGGUAAUUCGCCAAAAACUUGCACGGAUAGCAAAUAUGCUGGAAUCAACGCAAGCAUUUGCCGAGGAACUAGUUUUCCGAUCAGCGCGCAUGACUCCCCUCGAUUUCAGCCCAUUAGCAGCAAUGCUCAAAGUGCAGGCGGCGCACAACCUGGAGAAGAUCUCUAGAGAGUGCCAACAAAUAUUCGGGGGACUGGGGUAUUCACGAGGAGGGCAAGGGGGACGGGGUAGAGCAAGUCAGCCGUGA